CUUGCGCAGCCGCCCGGACCCAGCCUCUCCCCACCCCCACCUCGGCCACCCGGCGCCUCUAAGGACGCGCGCACUUCUAGCGAGGUGUGAGUGCCCUUUGGCCCAGCCUAACCGAACCGAGGAGCCAGGUCCUCCAAACAAAUCGAGAUGGUGGACGAGCUGGUGCUGCUGCUCCACGCGCUCCUGGUGCGGCACCGCGCCCUGAGCAUUGAGAACGGCCAACUCAUGGAACAGCUGCGGCUGCUGGUGUGCGAGAGGGCCACCCUUUUGCGCCAGGUACGUCCGCCGAGCUGCCCGGUGCCCUUCCCCGAAACGUUUAACGGCGAGAGCGCCCGGCUCCCCGAGUUUAUCGUGCAGACGGCGUCUUACAUGCUGGUGAAUGAGAACCGAUUCUGCAACGACGCCAUGAAAGUGGCGUUCCUCAUCAGCCUGCUGACUGGGGAGGCCGAGGAGUGGGUGGUGCCCUACAUCGAGACGGAUAGCCCCAUCCUAAGCGAUUACCGGGCCUUUCUCGAUGAGAUGAAGCAGUGUUUCGGCUGGUAUGACGACGAGGACGACGAGGACUAUGAAGAGGAUGAUUACUAGGCCUGGAGCCCCUUGGGCCUCCCCCUCGAGGGGGAGGGACUGGCACACCGCCUCCCCCAUCCCUGCCGCUCCCGGAGCUGCAGCAUGCAGCCCCUUUUCUCCUGCCGGCUUUUUUCUCCUCUGUUUUGUCCUCUACAGCCGUAGUGCUUGUCUUUGUUCCAAGAAUAGUGCUCCAAUUAUCAGCUGCGGGCCUACCAGCCUUGCUCUGAAGCAUGCUGUGUCAACUCUGGCCAGUCCAAGGCCCCUUCCUCUGCUUCUGUGAACAGUUCUUCUGGCCCCAAAUCAUUGGACAGGCCCCUGUUAAGCUGGUCACACCACCCACCAGCCUGCCAGGGCUACAUCUGCCCAGAGACUUAUGCCACUACUUAACCACCAUGUACUGCAUCCCACCUACAGACUAACUGCUUUUGGACACAAGGACCAACCUAGAAGAUGCCUGAGUUGCCUGCACUCUUUGGACAUUGAUUUGGACAGCUCGCUGGUCCCUGAAAGGACCAGUCUCUACAGCCUGAUUAGUUUUCAACCCACUCCCAGGUUCCCGCCCUACCAUACUAGAUUGCCGCAGGAGCCUCGUGUGCCUGGCAGCCCAGACACUGACAUUUGUUUUCU